AUUAAUAUUGCUCUCCUUUACAUGUCAGAAUAUGGUAGUUGACUUUGUGCAGUUGGUAAUGUUCAACCCAACUCCAACCCCAACGUAACUCUGAUCCAAUGGAAACAGGCAAGGCAACUUAACUCUAACCCGACUCUAACCCGACUCUGACCCGAUUUGGACCCUCGAUGGAAACGUAGUCAUAGGGAAAGACAUAAAAAUACGACCAUUCAGUCACUUAAUCUAAACGCGCCUUAACAUCCUUCAGUUUUGUUUAUAUACUUCUUUGUCACACUUUAGUUAAUGAUUGACAGAUGUACGAGGAAAAUGGAAGAUCGCGCAUUUGUUUAAGGUUAUACAAUAUUAUUUUAUUGUUCAAUUUGUUUUCAAUUCAGGUAAUUAUUCCUGAAAAAAGUAUCAGUUUUGUUAGCAGAUAAGAAUUCAUAUGUAGAAAACUGUCCAAUACGGCACAAAAUUUGUUGCCAAAAUGAGUAAGAUGUAUACAACCGCUAAUCUCUCCGACAAGGAGUUGAAGGAACAAGGAAAUCGACUUUUCAAUCUUCACAAAUAUGAGGAUGCUGCGUACUGCUACACCAAAGCAAUUAUUAAAAAUCCAACCCAAGCAUUAUACUUCACGAACCGGGCAUUGUGUAACCUAAAAUUAAAACGAUGGGAAUCGUCCUGUCAAGACUGCAGACGGGCUCUCGAUAUUGAUCCAUGUCUGGUAAAAGGUCAUUUUUUUUUGGGUCUUGCUCUUCUUGAAAUGGAACUUUUUGGUGAGGCUGUUAAACAUUUACAAAGAGAUCUGUAUGAGCAGUAUACAAGGAAAGAUAAAAGAGUAACAAAGUGUUUAUAAAAGGUUUGAAUAUAUUGGGUCAAGGUUUACUUAUACUUGAAAGUCUUGUAUUUUUUUAAGUACUUAUAAAAGAUUUGAACCUGUCUUGUCAAGGUCUGAGUAUACUUGCAAGUGCAGUGCAGUCUCAUUAACUGGACUUGUAGCCUGCAGACACAGAAAAUUAUAGGUGGGACCAGUUAAAUUUGGCUCCAUCCACUACUGAUAAUGAAUACAAUUUAUCAGCCGAAUGUGAUUAUAAAAAUCUCUCAUACACUAUAGUGGUGGUAAAGUACCAUUAGAGAGCAAGAAAAUUUACAUGAAAAGAACUUAGGAAAAACUCAUAUGGGUAAAUACUAGUUAGUGAGAUUUCACUGUAUCAUUUU